UCUCACCUGGCCAACGGGAACAGAAAAGAAGCUUUUUCUGUACGGGAUUUAAACAAGCAAUUGUGGCCUCUGUUUGUUGAAGCAAGUGGGUGCCGUAAGAAAUGAUCCGCACGGGAUGCUAAGCCGAGCAGCAUGUUCAGCAGUUUAGUGGCCACAGUAUUGGCGAAUUGUUUUCGUAAUGUAAAACGAAUCCCGUGUUUCCUCGUUUUCACGUCCGUCCUCGCACGUAGCGAAUGAGCGCUGUGGCAAGGUGAACAGAUGAUCGUCAAGCUGGUAGCGCAGAACGUGUGACGACCGAGACCUGUUCUACUGUGGCUGGAAGUGUAUCGAGGAAGCGUAAUCAUCUGGACGUAAAAACGCUCAAGUUUCGGCUUAUAUUGGUCGAUACACAUCGUCGUACGUUGUGGUGGAUAAGCAUCGACUGAGGGAAGAAGCGCACAAGCCACGAAGCAUGCUUUUGGGCGACAAAUGUGGCAAAGACAAGGAGCAGUAACGACGCAGCGUAAAGCAUCGGACCAGCAUCACCAGCUUUGGAUGGAUUUCCGUGUGAUGUGCCCAGAGAACAACGGACAAAAUGAAGAACGUUCUAUCGAGUGUUUACCUUUCCACGAGCAUACUGCACGCCUGUAGUGCAAUACCGAUCCCGUACGUGCAUACAGGACAUCAUGACGCUGUAAUCCUCGGGGUGCUAGCAUGUCUUGGCCUUGGUUCGUUCAUAAUGGGGUUUUGUAUUUUCUGCAAAAAGAAGAGUGGAAAAUUUAAGAAAUUUAAGGAUGGAGACAUCAUACAAGAGGUGAUUGCAACGGAAUACCCCAUACUGAAGGCUUUAAAUGUACUAGACACAUCUGUACCGUGUGCUGUCAUCCCGUCGAGUCCCAACAACCUUUCCACUGAUAAUCUUCUCGAUAAGAUUGAAACCUAUCAGAUCGAUGUAGAUCAUCCGCACGAUUCGUACUGUACGCGUAGAAGCGAUCCGCUGACUUGUACGUACGAUGAGUUCGAUCCGAACGAUGAAUCGGAUGAACGUACCGAACGGACUGCUACUACUGCGACCGUUGAACCGGUGGCCGGCGAUGAACCCCUUCUGUUUUCCGAUAUUUUUGAUGAAUCGCUGGAACGGAGCGAGAAGUGUAAUCUCACGGCGGUUUCGGUAGCGUUGCCGACCUCCUCAGGUGAGGAAGAUGACGAGGGGUUGCCACCACCACGGUCGGACGCAGAGGACGAGGACGAACGUCGCCCGCUGGUCAGUGACGAUAGUAUAGACGAAGCGGCAGCCACAACGGCCACCACCAUUACGGUCACAGCAACGAUGGCACAGUCAGCAGACGCUAUCAGCAUUGAGGAAGCGUUGCGUGCGCUAGAUAUUGCGAUCGAGGGCGAAGAAGACGAGGAUGAGGACGAGGGCCAAGCCACACCGUUGAACGAAAGCGACGAAUCGCUGUCACCGUCCAUCUACUCAGAACCACCCUCGGACAAGGUGCUUAGGCGGGAGGAUGUUGAACAGCAGGCAGCAGAACUGGUCGACGAUGUGCUCUACAAAUGUCAGUAUAUGCUGCAGAUGAUGGAUGCUAACGGGAGCAACCUUUCUCCGUUGGAGGCGGACGAAUUUUCGCCCACCAACUCCCGGGGGAACAUAUUCGACGGAUGGGGAAAUUUGGAGUUGGACGGAAACGUGUCGUUUGCCGCGGUGGAUGACGAUAACGAUGAUGAGUGGUGGAAAGGAUCGAUGGAACCGUUCGAAGGCGAGGACAGUGGGUGGAAUCGUGCUGGUAACGAUCCAUUCCAGGACGAUCACACGUUUGAUCUACUUCGUCAACAGUUGAGCCAACUGCUACCCCAGGGCAAUGAGUGUGGCGGGGGAGCUGCUCGCACCGAGAAUGAUCACGAUCAGGCUCUCGGUGGAAGUCCUAAAGCGUUUGACCAGGGCGGCAUACACGAUUACGAGCGGCCUGAACGAGAGACGGAGGAAAACGAAAUCAUCAUCAACUACAACCGUUCACUGUCGCCCAUUUUGGAGGAAAACGAAGACGAAAUUAGCUUGCCACCGUCGAUCAGUGUCGCACACUGCUCCAAUAUUGUGGAGAGUACGAUAAUCAGCACCGAGGGUCCUGUGGUGUGCGAAGCAACCGAAUCUGUGCCAGCCCUUGCCAGACGAAGCUCUCUCACUGCGUCGAACGAUACGCUGUUCAACCUGGAAGACGUACUGGAGGAUCGUUGCAUGACACCACAGGACGAUACAUUCCCUGCGAGCAGCCAUGCGUCGCCCCGGACGCUGCUGGUCGAGACCAGCGGAGACGCUAGUGGAUUAGAAAAAUUAUACACCUUCUCAUCACGACUCAUGUCAUCGGCGGCGGCAUCUUCGCUCGGUGCCAACAGUUUAGAUGACCAUCUACUUCAUCAUCACCCACAACGGCAUCACGUACUGCUUUCGUCCAUCUGUCUGGAUGACUUAAGCGUGGGUGAUAUUAUGGAAUCGCCACCACCACCGCCACCCCUACCAUCCGCCCUCGCGGUCGGUGGUGGUGGGGGUGCCAACGGUGGCAACAGUGCUGGCGGAUUACUCAUGGCCGAAACCAAACAGGAUCUUCCCUCAUCGGCCUAGAAGUCUGUAGUGCUGAACUAUUGGAUCGCCGUACGGUUUUCGAUGUCUUUAUUUAGUAGAUCUGAGCCUGAAGAAGUGGCGCAUAUUGUUGGAAUUCGUGCUUAUACAAAAUGGGGUCCCAACCUCAUUCCCUCGUGCAUCCUCUUCUACUCUAGUACAUGUCGCGUCCCCAUUUCACAACGAAACAGUGUGCAACAAACGAAAAAAAGUUAGUUCUUUCAGCAAAAAGAACAAUGCGUGACUCUGUGGAAGGCAAACUGUUAGUAGGUUUCUGUUGGCGUAAUUGUUAAACAUUCACACGACAUAUAUGCUGUACAUCACUCACACAUCUGCAAGCACUGGUGUUGGUUCCCCACGCUGGCAACGAACUCUGGAAGCUACGCGUUGCGUUUACGUUAUUAGAAGGAUGUAUCUUUGUGAUCUGCCGCGGGUAACACUUAAUGCAACUUAAUAAGAUCCUCGUUUCCCGCAACUGAUCGGGAUUUGUGAAUAUAUAUACGCGGUUGUUUAGUUAAUUCUCGUAUUACCUAUUGAAGGACGGAUUGAGACGGUAACGAUCACUGUGCAUGCACGUGCGUGGGAUAUGACACUCGUCGCAUGCGGGAAAACUCAGUUGAACAGUUUUAGUUACUUAUUAAAAUAGUGUCAAUUCUAUCAUGUACAACAUAAGCAUUCACUCAACACUUACCUUAUGCGCGCAUAUAUAUGUAUGUAUGUAUGAUAAACUCUAACUACCCCCUUUCACCAUUCGUUAUUUAUUCACAGUGUCAUGUACCAAGCGAUUUGAGUAAUGAACCGUGAUCACACAUAACAUGAAGAUUAGAUUAUUUUCUUUCCGUUUUAUUCCACGUGCAUCCUUUAUUCUUUCCCUGUAGAAGUGUACUCUGUGUGAGGUAGUAAAACAAAAUGGAGAACGGUCCAAGCCUAAUACGAAUGUAACUUUUCCUUUUACACCGUAGGUACGGAAAGGUACAGAGUUUCCUGUAAGAAAAAUAGAAAAUGUGACAAAAUAGA